CGCGCCGCCGGGGCGUGGACUGAGAUGGCCUCGGAGCUGGCCAUGAGCGGCGAGCUGCCCACCAGCCCGCUGGCCAUCGAGUACGUCAACGACUUCGACCUGAUGAAGUUCGAGGUGAAGAAGGAGCCGCCCGAGGCCGAGCGCUUCUGCCACCGCCUGCCCGCGGGCUCGCUCUCCUCCACCCCGCUCAGCACCCCCUGCUCCUCGGUGCCUUCCUCGCCCAGCUUCUGCGCGCCCAGCCCCGGCGGGCAGCCGGGCCCCGGCGCCGCCCCGCACCCGGGCGGCGCCGGCAAGGCGCCGUUGGAGGAUCUCUACUGGAUGUCGGGCUACCCGCACCCGCUCAACCCGGAGGCGCUGAACCUCACCCCGGAGGACGCGGUGGAGGCGCUGAUCGGCAACCCGCACCCGCUGCACGGCUACGAGGGCUUCCGCGGCCAGGGCUUCCCCGGCGAGGAGGCGGCCCCGGCCGGGCACCACCACCACCACCACCCGCACCACCACCACCCGCACGCGGCGCACCCGCACCACCACCACGCGCCGCACCCGCACCACCACCUGCGGCUGGAGGAGCGCUUCUCGGACGAGCAGCUGGUCGGCAUGUCGGUGCGGGAGCUGAACCGCCAGCUGCGGGGCUUCAGCAAGGAGGAGGUGAUCCGCCUCAAGCAGAAGCGGCGCACGCUGAAGAACCGGGGCUACGCCCAGUCCUGCCGCUACAAGCGGGUCCAGCAGCGGCACAUCCUGGAGAACGAGAAGUGCCAGCUGCAGGGCCAGGUGGAGCAGCUCAAGCAGGAGGUCUCCCGGCUGGCCAAGGAGCGGGACCUGUACAAAGAGAAGUACGAGAAGCUGGCCGGCCGCGGCUUCCCCCGGGAGCCGCCCCCCAAAGCCUCGGCCGAGUUCUUCAUGUGAACGGGGCAGGGGGGGUCCUCGCCCUCCCCAGCUCCCCCCCGGGACUCGCCCGCCGUCUACAUAGAGGGGCCGGCUGCUGUACAUAGACUCGUGUUUGUGUGUGUGUCUCCGGGCUCACCCAGCAGGCGCGCACCCCCCCGCUUGCGUCUCCUUCCCUGCCCGCCUGGGCUGCCCACCACGGCUUCAGCCCCGCGGCGAGCUCGCCUCCGUUCCAGCCGGAGCCCCGCGAGUCCCCCCCAGCGCCUCCUCCCGCCGUGGUACGUCUCUAGGACUUGGGGAGGCGAGGCAGCAAGGUGCGAGCCGCCUCCGAACACCGUCCCACGCUCACUCCCGAGUCUUAAAACAUUGCGAUCACGAAAACUUUAAAAAACAAACAAAAACCCCCCCAGAUCAGACAAAGCUUUGGCUGGUGGGAAAGACAAACUGAACUUUCAAAGACUUGAAGCAAUAGGGGGAAAAAAUGAGCAAACCUCUGACAUUUUUUUCUCUCUCCUGGAAAACUGGGUAACCAACCAAAAUCGUUUGGGGGAGAAAAAGCGCAUCCUAAUGAAAUCCUCCUAUAUCCUCUUCUUAAUAACCGUACUCAUUAAUAAAGCCGCACCCAAGGAACUCCGCAACUUAGCUGUGGUUCGUAGAAGACUUUUUAAGCAAUCCUGCAUGCAGGACAUGUAUGGUAUUUCAGUAAUCUCCCCUUCUUUUCUACUAGAACAGAUGAAGAAAAAGCAUGAGCCAGUUUUUUUUUCUUGGUAAUAUUUUUGUUUGUUUUUUUCCCCCCCCAACGGUCAGUUUUUAGUUUGCAGCACUCUUUUGGGGUGCAUCUUAAAUAACAAAUAGUCUUAACAUGUUUGCAAAGUGAUGUUUUCUCUCUCAGUGGAACAGUGCAGCAAAACACUCCCCAAAGGGACUGGAAUAUAUCUCUUGGGACUUCAGACUCCAAAAAAGAGUUGAGUUGACCUGCUUUUUAUCUCCUUCGUUUUCUUACUAAUAAUUCUUGUUGUUGUUUUAACAAGGAAACCUGAGCCAGACUUAACUUAUUUAAAGGUGUCCACUUGUACAUAUGUAGAAAUUUAGUUAGUUUUUUGCCCUUUUUUUUU